AUGGUUAUGAUUGAAGGUUCGAGUCCUUCUAAACUCAUAAAAAAUUUUUUUCUAAAAAUAUUUUUUUAUGUGGGCGCAAAUAAAAAUAAAACACUUAAUUUGUAUAUUAAUAAAUAUGAAUUUUUAGUAUCAUCAGAUAAUAAACAUAUUAGUAAUAACCUAUAUAUAAAAAAUAUUUUUAAAGAAACAUUAUAUUAUGAAUUUAUGGGUUAUACAAAUGAAUUUUUCACUAGUGAAUGUAAAAAUCUAUCUUUGUUUGAUUUUUUAUUAUUAACUGACAGAUAUCUGUCAGUUAAUAAUAAAAAAUCAAACAAAGAUAGAUUUUUACAUUCACUAGUGAAAAAUUCAUUUGUAUACAAUAAGCACAAACUUAAAAAAAUUAACAAUAAUUCAAUUUUUGUUUUAUCUCAAUCAAUAUACGACGUUAAUAAUGACUCAAUUAAUUAUAGAUUAAACAUACAUAAUGUAAAUGGUUUGUUAACUGCGUUAGAAAAAAUAAAAUAUAAAUUUAAAAAUGAAAAAGAUUUAAAACUUAAAAAUUUAAGGACAUACGGUUUGUAUCAAUCUGAUAUGAGCAAUGAUAAACUUUCGCCUGAUAUGUUAGUGAAAUUUAUUUUUCAUACUUUUUCAUUUAAUGAAAUAUACUAUUUAUACUUGAAUAAAAACAUAUUGAAUAAUAAUGAUAUAUCAUUAUUAUUCAAUAUGUUUUUAUUCAAGUAUAAAAAUAUUAAAAUACCUGAUUGUUCUGAAACAUUUAAAGUUAAACCAUUACUUGAUUGUACAAAUAAAUCAUUAUAUGACUUAUAUCGAUCAAUUGAUUAUACGCCUAUCACAUAUUUCAACGGAACAAGUGUUUACGACUAUUUAUCUUUUCCUUUUAAUAAAAAUAAUUGUAAUCCGUACAAUAAAUAUAGUGAAUUGUACGAUUCAAACAGUAACAGUACAAUUGUAGAUACAGCUUGUUUUUCAAAAUUAGAAAAUUUAUUAUUGGUACGUGAUAAUUUAGGGUUUGAUAUAAACCAAAAACCAUUUUUUUUUGAAUGUGAUGAAAAUGGUAACGAUAACGUAAAUUCUUUAAAGAAAGAAGAAACUUUAAGUAGGAAUUUUAUAAAAUAUUACUUAAAUGGGUUAUUAUUUUAUAAUCCUUUAUUUUUUUGUAUAUCGCUUUAUAAUAAUAUUCAUCUGAAUAGGAGAAAUAAAGGUUUAGACGCUUUUUAUAAAGGUCAUAUUAAAUCAUAUUAUAAUAUAUACAUUUAUUUUAUAUCGAAUUCAAUUGAUUUUUUUUCUUUGACUACAUUUAAAGAAAAAGGUAGUAAGAUAGUCGCUAAUCGUGAACGUAUUGAUAUAAAUAAUUUUAUAAAUAAAAAAUAUAAUUGGGUUGCAAAUAGCAGUAUUGUUGUUUCUCGAAAGAGAGUUUGUAGUAAAGAUUACGAUAUUUUGGUAAAAUUGAUAGGUUUUAGGAUGUCCGAACAUAUUUAUAAUACCGUUAAUGAUAUGGAUGAUAAUAAUGGUAUUUUUAUUUAUAAAAACAUGUUGUAUAAUGGUUAUAUUGUGGCAUAUUGUAAAUUGGUGAUACCGUUUUUAGUAACAAUAAAUUUUAUUGUAAAUAUGCAUGCAAUAGCACGUAUGCGCGCAUACUUAUACGUGCUAUUGCAUGCAUAUUUAUAUAUGCUAUUACGUAAUACGAGUAUUAUUGUAUAUACAAAGAAAGAUAUAAAAGCUAAAAUAAAUUGUAAUAUAAAUAUAUAUGAUUCAUUGUUGUACAAAAUUUUAAAAAAUUACGGUUAUAUAAAUGCAUCAUCCAUGAAUGUUGCUUUUAAAAUAAAAGAUUUUUAUAUGUCAAAUAAUCCUACAAAAACGGUUUUGUAUAUAACAUUUGUUACUGCUGCUAAAUUUAUAGGUGCAGGGUUAGCAACUAUAGGGGUUGUUGGUGCUGGUGCUGGUAUAGGUAUAUUGUUUUCUGGAUUAAUUCAAGGAUUAGCUAGAAAUCCGUAUACGGUAGAUAUUUUGUUUAGAUAUACUUUAUUAGGAUUUGCGUUAACGGAAGCAAUGGGAUUGAUGGCUAUCAUGAUGGCAUUUUUGAUAUUAUAUACUUAA